CCGGAAGUGAACGAUUCAGCCCACAUAGCAGAGGAUGUUUCCGCGGAGCUCCGUCUGAGGGCGAGUAAUCAUGAAUAUAAGUGACCUGAGAGGGAUAAUCACGGAGCGGCUGGGCUCGGCGACCAGAGAGGUGCUGGCGGCGGUGGAGCGGACCGUGGCCGGCUACGAGCAGGAGGCGACGGGCUUCAGGCGGGAGAUCGACCGCCAGAGGAGGCAGCUGGAGCUGCUGCAGCCGCAGGUCAGGCUGACCAGAGGGGCCAACGAGCCGAUCCCAGAUCUGCAGAGCCAGGAGGAGGAAGGAGGUGAGGAAGAGGAGCAGCAGCCCAGCGGUGAGGCGGCUGAGAGUCACAGUCGACCUGGGAACGUUUCUGAUGAAGGGGCGGAGCCAACGACGACCUUCACGCUGAACCAGGAAGACGUGAAGGACAGACAUUAUGGGAAACCACCAAGGAAGCGACUCAACGCGUCUAAACUCUACAGUCUGAGAGGGACGAUCACGGAGCUGCUGAGGCGGGCGACCCGAGACGUGCUGGCGGCGGUGGACGGGGCCGAGGCGGCGCCGGCGCCGGGCUGCAGGCGGGAGAACGACGGCCAGAGGAGGCAGCCGGAGCUGCAGCCAGAUGGGCCGACCCAGGAAGUGGAGGUCGUCGUGGAGGAAGAGGAGCAGCAGCUCACAGGGAGGACUCACCUGGAAACUGGUUCACACAGAACCAGAACCAGAACCAGAACCUGCAGCCAAUCAGACGAACUGCUGGGUUCGGGUGUGGAGUGUGAGCCGCUGAACGAUGAAGACGAUGGUGGUGAUGAAGAGCCAGUAAACGCCUCCAGGCUGAAACAAGAAGACCUGACGGACCCGGACUACCAGAUCCCUUCAAGGUCGGCUCAGGUCAGAGGUCAUCCUGGAGGCCGGCGGCCCGGCAGACCUCGACUCAGCGUCUCAGCGGACCACCUGGCGCUACGGGUCCGGAUCCUGGAGGAUUCCCGGACCAGAGUCCUGUCCAAGGCCGUGUUUCAGCGCAGCGCGGUUCUGGACCUGCAGUGCCCCCGCGGGCUGUCGGAGCCGGGCUUCCUGGAGCUGCUGCGCUCACGCUGCCCCCUGCUGGCGGCCGGACGGCCCUUCGACGUCUUCAUCGCCGCCAAGAACCGGCGGCUGCAGCCGCUGGCGGCGCGGAGCCUGACGCCGGAGCAGAUCUGCUGCGGCCACCGCUCAGGCGGGAACCCGACGCUCUACAUCCGGCUUAAGGAAAGCGAGGAGCCAUCUUCAGCCGACGCUGCGGCGAUGAAGAGAGAUAAAACUGACCUUCAUUCCUGCCCUGUGGACAGUAGUGAGGAAGCCGACCCAGGCCUUGAUGCUGAAGAUGACACCUGGAGCCCUGACCCUGAACCCCAGACCGCCAAAAGGUCGAGGAAACGGAAGGAGAAAAGGGCGACGCAGUUGACCUUGGAGAGCAAGAGGUCGUGUAAGGUGUGCGGCGCCUGGUACAGGCAGCUGGGCAGUUUGAUCAGCCACGUCUGGAACCACGCAGGCGACCCGCAGGGCGUCUGCGGCGCCUGCGGAGAGAAGUUUGAGUCUGCAGACGAGCUAAAGGAGCAUCUUCGAAACCACCAGAAGGUCCACAGCUGCCGGCACUGCGGCAAGACGUUCGUCUCCGUCCAGAGCCUCAACCUCCACGAGGCCAAGCACACCGGAGAGAGUCGGUUCAAAUGCGGCGUCUGCAGUAAAACCUUCACCAACAUGGCCUCCCUGAACUACCACCAAUGGCUGCAUGUGGAGGACAAGCCACACAAGUGUGACGUCUGCCUCAAGACAUUUGGCUUGGAAUCGCACCUCAUAUCCCACAAAAAGCUGCACACGGUCAAGGAAAAGCACGUCUGCGACGUCUGCAACAGGUCGUUCCGCCUUCGCCGCGCCAUGACCCAGCACCGCCUGACCCACUCCGACGACAAGCAGUACGCCUGCGACGUCUGCGGGAAGCGCUUCAAGCUCGAGGGUUCGCUGAAGGUCCACGCCAAGACGCACACGGAGAGGGACCGGACGUUCCUGUGCCACGUCUGCUGCCGGACGUUCCUGUGGAAGGGAACGCUGAUGGCUCACCUGAAGACCCACAGCAGCGUCCGGCCGUUCGUCUGCGCCGUCUGCACCAAGGGCUUCUGGUUCAAGUGCGACCUGAAGAAGCACAUGAGGAUCCAUUCCGACGAGGCGCCGUACGAGUGCUCCGAGUGCGGCCGGCGCUUCAAGCAGAAGGCCAACCUGGACAGCCACAUCAAGAUCCACCUGGGCAUCAAGAGGUUCGUGUGCCCCGAGUGUGGGAAGGAAUGCUCCCGACGGGAACACCUGAAGGUCCACAUGAGGACCCACAACGGAGACAAACCCUACAAGUGCAGCGUCUGCGACAGGGCCUUCACCCAGAGCCACUGUCUGAAAACACACAUGAAGAGCCACCCGACGGAGGGAAACCUGGACCUGGACCUGGAUCCGGAUCCGACCCAGACUCAAGAGAUGGACGAAAACCCGGCUCUGGACCCGUCUCAGAGCCAUGAGAUGGAAGAAAACCCGGUUCUGGAUCCAUCAGAAACCUGAACUCAGGGACAGACUGAUACCUUAAAUUCAUGAAUUCAUACCAACCAGACUUUUAACAUGUGAUAAUUAACUUGUAAUGACAAAUUAAAAAUAAAACAGUUAAUGACUGGA